UUAAUCUGUACCGCAGAUUAGUUUUCAAUUGACCAGAACUAUCAGGAAAACAGUGGCAAAAUGACCAUCACAACUUUACAAAGGCAUCUAGCAAAAUGAAACUUUUUAUCGCUCUCUGUGCAGUCAUUGCCAUGGCUUCCGCCUUUAAUAAGGAGGAGUUCCUGAAAAUCCGCGAAGAGUGCUUCAAGUCCGAGAAGGUCCCGGAAGCAGUUAUUGAGAAAUUGAAAAAUCACGAAUAUGGACACGACCUAGGUCACGAGGCCAAAUGUUACAUUCGCUGUCUAGGACUCAAAACUGGAAUCUGGGAUGAUACCCAUGGCUAUAAUGUUGAAAAAUCUUACGAAGAUUUUCAUGACGCUGGAUUGGAAGUAAGCAAGGAGAACUUGAAGAAAUGUUUCACUUCGAAUCCAGAUAACGAUGACAAAUGCGUAUGGGCAGCUAAGGAUAUGAAAUGUUUGUUCACAAAUAAGUAUGUCUCGAGAAAACAAUAAAUAAACUGAGCAGGUUAUAUGAUUACGUA